UUUAAAAGUAUAUAUAAGUAAGGUCUACUCAUCUUCCGGCUUCUUCCCUCCUCGAAUCGUACUGUACAUCAUUACCUUCCCCAAUUUGUGUUUUCUCACCUUAACACUAAACUAUUAACAUCGUGGAACAAUCUCUAGUAGCCAGCUAAUGAAUCUUCACUGCAUCAAUUUAUCUGGCAAUGCCGUUUCAACACUUUGAACCAAUCUUUGCCGAACCCAAACUGGAGUUGAAACCUCACACUUCUUCCCCUUUGCGUCCUUUUUUGUUCCAUGCUUAUGCUCCUGAUUCUUCCCACUUAGUAAUUCAUGUCACUGAUUUCCACUCUCAUACUUGGGAAGCUCAUCUUUCUGUUUCAUUGCUUGAGGACAUUAGGGAUAUUAUUGGAAUCGGGGGCUCUUGGUCAGAGUUUAUUGAUUAUUUUGUAACUUCUCUCAAGUCAGAAGAUCUCAAGCUGGUUCUUGAGGCAGAUUCAAAUUCUGAUGGCGUUAGUUCUGCUAAAUUAAUUGCUCAAAAAUCAAAAGGAAUGCCUCUUAUUACCAUUCCUCUCACCAAACUUGUGGACUCCAGUGCUAGUGAAGCUGUAUCAAAUUUAUCCUUGGGCCUCUUUAAGGCAUUCAAAAGUAUAAAAUGUUCUCUUGUAGAUGUACAAGAACGCUCUGUCCAGUUGACAAACAUGAUGGCGGCUGAGAAGGAAAGAAAUGAAACCACACAACUGGAUCGACGACAAAAGUUUCAAAAAAUUAGCGACUCAGAGAAAGCAGGUGUUUAUAAUAAUGGGGCGCAAAACUCUCCAGGUAAGCAAACAGCUCGGGAUACAGGUGCUGCAAAAGUUAAGAAUCGUGCAAUGCCAGCAUAUCGUAGGGCCAAAGUAAGAGGGGCUGUCUUGCGCGAUAGUGAUCCUGAGUCUUAGUCCUUAAUUUAAACCUGCUGUUCUAUAGGAAGUUGAAAGUUUGUCAAGACUCUAUGUUUAUUUCCUUUUCAAUCUAUUACCUUGUACUAUUUAUUGUAUAGAAUGGAAAUGACAUAUUACUAGUUAGUCCGGUCACAUAAAUUUCACUUUUUCAUUCUCUUGUCAAUUAUGCAAAUGAAAAUUGCUCAUUUGAUGUUUGUUCCCCUCUCUGCCUGUUUUGGUUUUGGGUAAUCCUAAAUUCUCCAACUACUGAAGACAAUUUUGUUUAUGGAGUCGUUGGACACUAAAUAUACACACCUCUUCAAACGAAGAUUCAAACGAAGAUUCAAAUCAUUGUUCGUUGCAUUUGGAAAGAUUGGUCCCGUCUGCCUGACUCAAACUCCUUUGGUAAAUCUAAACUAAUCUUACAUUAUGAUGAUGAGCUCGUUUUAGUUGAAGCUAUUGACACAAAUAUUUUUCAAUUAAAAAUUAAUGCUUUGUUUGUUCAGUUUGAGUAUAUGAUAAAUCUUGUUUCUUAAAAUAUGGGAGAAGGUAGAAAUUUGUAAUAAGCAGUACUCCACCCUAACUUUUAAAAAAAAUCAGAAUUAAAAAAAUAUUUCUGGUUAUCUUGAGAAGUUAUCACUUAAAAUAAAAUACUUAUUCUAACUAUAAACCACUACAAAAACUAAUUCCUAUUUUAAAUAAAACCCCUAAAAAAUAAAUUACUUUUCUAUACCAUGUUACAUGUAGUCACAUUUUCAGUAUAAUGGCAAAAUCACAUUU